UUGGUUUGAAAAUAGUCAGCCAUUUCGAUCAGACAUAAUUUGUAUAUGUGACAUGCAAUUAAUAUUUGCUUCCAAUUACUUGACAUAUUGAAAAAGUCGGUGCCUUUCAAAAUUGGUUGUCUCGAAGGCGCUGGGUGCCAAUGCAAGUAAUACAAAACAUCGAUUAUCUCUGGGAAGUAAUCCACGAAAAGUCUCCAGAAACAAUGUAAAUUCAAGAGUUUCGGCUAGAAAUAUUCAGUUCGACAAGAAUACCAUAACCUCGAUGAUUACAGAAGAGGAAGAAAUACCCUCACUCUCUAUGAACCAAUUGACAACACCAAUAAAUAAAAAAGUAGAAUCUGUCAAAUUGAGUUUGAGAACAAGAAGUUCGAAGAAACUGUCCACAGCUGGCGAUCUCAUAGAUUUAAAUUCUCCUAGAAAGUCUAUAUUGAAAAACACCCCUAGAAAGAGUGAAUUGGCUACAGAGGAUGACACCAGCGACCUUUUGGGAAAAACGGUAUCAUUUUCCAAUGUUAAAGUGAGGAAUUUGAAAAAUGAUAAGGGCAUUUUGUACUCUGAUGAAACAGAGUAUUUGAGAUUAUCUUCAUCAUCACUCACCAAUGAUGAUUCAUUGGUUUUUUCAUCAGAUACCGAAUCUUCAAAAAAAUCUGUAUCAAUGUUGUCUUUGAGAAAGAGUAUGGAAAAACCAUCUUCCAGCAGAUCUCGAUUGUCUUUGCAAAGGACAAGUCUGAAUUCAGUAGACAAACAAAGGAAGAGCAAUCAUGAAUUGAAAACAAGAAUAUUUUCAAGGAGAUCUCUACAUUCUCUGAAAGAAAAAUCAAAAGAUGUAUCCUCUAAUGAUGAACCUACCUUGGAUGACAUCAACAAAGGCAAUUCAAGUGAAGAUUCAUUUGAACUACAGUUAUCAAGUUCUUCUGAUCAGCAUUCCAUGACAGACGAAACGAAAAGUACCCUAAGUUCGUCAGUGAAAAUUUCAACUCCAAGGCAGAGGUGUUCCACAUCUGGUACAGCUGCAACGAAUAGUAAAGUCUAUGAAGAAAAUGAUGUUUCUCUAAUCGUCAACAUUGAUGAAACUAAUGAAUUAUCAGUAGGAGGAUUUUCUAUGAAGGAAAAUGACCCGAUGAUUGAUUUUACCGAGGAAGAUGGUUCUAAAGUUGAUGAAAUCCAUUUGUCUCCCAUUUUUCAAGGAUCAAGACAAUCAUCUUCUAGGAGAAGGAGUAGCAAUGCAAAUAUUCUCAAAGAGACAAAAGGUCAUGGUGACCAAUCUUCAGUGGGAAAAAGUCUUAAAUAUAAUGAAGAAGAUGAAGAGGAUAGAUUACUUGAUAUUUCUAAAGGUAAUGCAACUGACCAGUCAGAACUUGAAUCUUCACUUGCCGAUGAAGAACCACCCCCUUUAUCGAAACGAAGAUUAUCGGAUAGAAGAAGGCGCACUUUGGAACCAUGUAUAUUAUCUCGUAGAUCCGGUAAAAAUCGGAAGUCUUUACCAAAAGAAAUGUUCUCAUCUUUAAGAAAUAAAGAUUUGAAAAUGACGAAAUCUCCAUUGAAAAUAGCAAAUAGUAAUAACGAAUCAACUUCACCAUGUCACAAGGGUACAUCAGUCUCUAAUACAUCAACAGAGAAGAUUUAUCAAGCUACUGGUAAUAACAAAUCUGUAAGUCAACUUUUGAAAAAGUCGUUAUUGUCUGCAGAUGACAAAACGCCAGAAGAAAGCCGUAGAUGUUCGUUAAGAAACAGUAAUAAUUUUGUGGUUCAACACAUUGAAAAUGAAUCAAGAACCCCCUUAGUAAGAGGAAAAAAAUCUUUAGGAAAUCUUGAAGAACUGAUCCCCGACUCAAAAAAUGCAUCUGACUUAAAGAUAAGAUCUUCAUUAAAAGACAGAGAAUCUUCAGGUGAAGAUCUUGACGAAAUUUUGAAAAAUGAAACACGCCAGCAAGAGAAAGGAUCUAAUAAUAGUAUUCAAGUAAACCCCAGCUCUUCGUCAGAAAAAACUACAUCUAUAACAAGAAACAGAUCUUCAGGAAGAGGUAAAAGGUCAUUGGUUGGUGAUCUUAAUUCACCAGUAGAACCAGAGGUAAAUUCUUUGAGAAAAAGCAGGAAAUCAUCCAUAAGCAAUCUAACACUACGAAAUAGGUCUUCAGUAAAAGGUGAAAAAUCAUUGGUCGAUGAUCUUCAAAAAGAAGAGCUUGAUUCAAAGGACCAGUCCUGUGUGAAAUCUGAAUCUGAACUUAAUGAAGACUCUACCUUGACCAUGCGAACACCUGAGUUCACGAACCAAUAUGCCAGAUCAAGCAGGAAAUCAUCACUUGGCACCCUUCAAAAAAUUAAUUUACAGUCGGAAGGACAAACAUUCAAACAAAGCUCAACUUUGCCAAUUGAAGACAGAACAUCUGGUUCAAAUGAAACAAGUAGAAAUUCAUUAAUUGAGAGUACUCAUCAGGACUCAACUUUGAUAAUGAAUGAACUAAUGACAACAUCACGAAACAGAUCCUCGGUGACUGCCAGAAAAUCUUCGAUAAGUAAUCUUCAUACAGAUUCAACUUUUGUAAUGGAAGAUGAAACAGCUGAAGCAAAGAACAAUUUUUCUAGAAGAAGUGGGAAAUCUUCACUUGCUGGUAUCCAUCAUGAUAAAACUUUACCUUUAGAGGAACAAACAUUUGCUCCCAAAAACCAGUCUUUGAGAAAAUCUACAAAGUUGUCAAUGAACAAUCUUUCCAAAAACUUAACUUUGCCGUUGGGACUUCAGCAGAACCUGAUCAUAACAUUGGACAAUAAAACACCUGAGCUAACUAGAUCUUCAGUUGAAAUAAAAAAUUCUUCAAUCCGUCGUUUGUCUCAAGGUACCACUCCAUUGAAACAUGGAGUGUCUCUGCCUAUUCGGAGAUCAUCAAGAACACCUAAACCGAGUUUCAAAUACUCUAUGAGAAAUUCUUCCCAGUCUCCAGCAAAUCAAAGUAGCAAAUCUAUUGCUGGUCUAGAAACAAACAAACCUUCAGUGCAAAGUGUAGUUUCAGUUAGUGAUAAUGAUGAAUCAUUACAAGAAGAAACAGUUGAAAAAAGUACUUUAUUUACAGCUGAAAAGUCAAAAAGGAUUUCAGUCAGAUUAUCUCCUGUCGGUCAUCAUCCUCGAAGAUCUGUAAGAAGAAGCAGCAAUAUUGAGAAUUCUUACACAGUUUCUCUUGCUCAUUCUACUUUGAAUGAAAAUUUCCCUUCGUUUAUGCAGUAUGAUGAAUUCACCAUCGAAGAUAGUGGAGCAGAAACUCUAGAAUCCAAGAGAAAAGCUUCGUUUAGGAAAUAUGAACCUGAAGGAUUGACAGAUUGUGAUGAUUCGGAUAUGACUCAUGAAUCUAAGACUCCUGAAAUGAGUAGACGAUCAUCUAGAAGAAUUAACAAAUCUUCUGCUGAAGGCAUUGGAAAAUCACAAUUGUCUAUGACAUUAGAAACUCCUGAAAUGAAUCGGACUUCUUUAAUGGGAAGCAUCAAUACUAAAACAGAGGUGAUAUCAGUGAGUGAUUCUUUGGAAAGUACUCCUGAAAAUAAUACUUCCAUUGUUUAUAUUGACUCAUCAUUGGACGAGUCGCGCAAGCGGAGUCAUAUGAAAUUAUCAAAAACUAUCCAUUCUAAAAUUGAAGAAAGUGAUCUGUCAACGCCAAAAUCGGCUAUUAAAAGUCGAAGGGGCAAAUCUACACCAUACCAACCAGUAACAGAAGAUAUUACUCCCGUAUCUCCUUUGGACCCAACCGAAAGUGAAUCCGGUUUUAAAACUCCCUUGACUACUCCUGGAUUAUUUGAGAACAUUCGUAAAUCUGCAAUCAAAUCAAGAAGUCGAAUGCAAAAGUCAUCAAAAAGUUUAAUAGAGGAAUUGAACAAAGCCAAAUCUAACAAAAAGGCUACCAAGAGACCAAGGGAAUCCAAUGACAAUUCUGUUAGGCAACAUAAAAAAAGAAAACUAAUUAUAAAUGAAGAUGACAGUUUUGAGGCAUAUGAUGAUUCUUUUGAAUCUUUCCAGUCUGAUGAGGCACUUACUGACAUUUCUGCUUCAUUUGUAUCUCAAGACACACCUAGUCACUUGAGUAAUCUUACCGAUAAGCCUGUUAUAACUCAUCCUCGUACCAGGUCCUCAACAGGAGAAUGGAUAACGAAACGCCAGUCUGUUAGGAGGUCUCUUCCUAUAUCUGUUUCGACAGCCCAUACUAUUACUUCAGGUUCUGUCGAUGAGGAAGUAUUCGAAGAAAGUUUGGAUGCUUCAAGUGAAGAAGUUGAAAUAAUACUAGAGAGUCCAAAGAAUGAUAUCGAGAAUGUUUCUGGGAUUAGAAGACUUACGAAAAUACCAAAGGUUCAGAAUAGUCCUAAAGAUGAUUUAACGGAUGUAAGAGAAACGAAAACAUUAUUUAGCACACCGAAAGUGACGAAAUCACCUCGCAAUGAACUGGUUGACUUGAGAGGUGUCAAAAAACUUCUAACAACUCCAAAAGACAUGAAAUCUCCCAAAAAUGAUUUAACUAACAUUGUUGGAGUAAAAAAGCUUUUAGCUACUCCCAAGGAAAUAAAAUCUCCAAAAAAUGAUUUAACAAAUAUUGUUGGAGUGAAAAAGAUUUUAGCUACUCCCAAGGAAAUAAAAUCUCCUAAAAAUGAUUUAACCAACAUUGUUGGGGUGAAAAAGCUCUUAGCUACUCCUCGAGAAGUGAGACCACCCAAAAAUGACUUGACGAAUAUUGUAGGGGUCAAGAAACUUUUAGCCACCCCAAAAGAAAUGAAAUCUCCAGAAAAUGAUCUCACCAAUGUACCUAAUUUACGAAAAAUAAUGUCACCUAAGUUACAAAACAGCCCUAAAAAUGAUCUCAGCGAUUUGAGGGGUGUGAAGGUGCUAUUGAGUACACCUAAAGAGUCUAAAGAUCCUCAAAAUGAGUUGAGCUGUUUGGAAGGAGUAGCAGAUAUAUUUAAUAUUUCAGGAGUUCACAGAUUGAGCAACACUAGUGAUAUUGAGAACAACGAAGAUCUGUUCGAUAAACUGAUGGACAAACGACCUCCGAGAACCUACCGCGGAAAGAGCUUGUCACCAAACAAAACGAUCGAUUCCUAUGGAGCUAGAAGGAAGACAAUGGGCGACAAGAGUGUUACAAGUCCGAGAGUGGAAGACUGGGUUAAAGAUCAAGCUGUAAUAAGACUUGAAAGGUGGGAUAAUACGGAGUCUGAUGACAAAAUACCUGAAGCAGAAUUGAAGGACGUUGUUGAGGAGCCACCAACAAGAAGCAAGAAAAAGACGAGGGUUGAAGAAAUAAGAGAAGCCACAGACGUAGAUUCACCUCCUAGAAGAGGUGGAAGAAGAAAAGCUGCAUCAAGGACUCAAAAUAAAGCAGAAACUUCAGCACCAACAGUUUCUCCUCCGAAAAAAACCACUCGGGGUAGAUCAAAAAAAGUUAUGGAACAAGACCAGCAUGAUGAAACGGAAGAAGUGAAGGAAGUAGAAAAGUCCACAGAUUCUGAUAUGGAAGUAAUUGGUACUGAUUCUCCUAGAACGACCAGGGGUAGAAAGAAGACUGUUGUCCAUAAAGAAAAAUCCACCAAAGGAAAGAAAAAAACAGUGAACUUGAAGCUUGAAAGUAGAGAAAUUGAAGAAGUAGACAAACCUGGUAGAGUUAAUGAAAAUGAUGAAACAUCUGAAGAGCCUGUAAUAGCUUCAGUGGAAUCUCCUAAAACAACCACCAGAGGUAGAAGGAAGGUCGUAAAAUCUCCUGUUGUGGAAAGGACGACAAGAGGUAAAAGGAAGGUGAACGAUAAAAAAUCUGAAGAACUUGACGUGGAAACAAAUAAGUCAAAAUCUGCUAGUGGAAAAGAGAAAGUGAAUAUGGAUGAGCAGAAAUCCGAUAAUGUCACAGUACUUUCAGAUGAAUCUCUUAUAACAAGCAGAAGCAGGAGAAAUAUUCCGGAGGUUGCAGUUAUAGAAAAGGUUACUAGGGGAAAAAAAAAGUUGGUUGAGAUGUCUGAUGAUAUAUUGGAGAAAUCGGAGGAAAGUACUGUAACUUUAGAAUCACCAAAGGUACCAACAAGAGGAAGAAGGAAUGCGAAAAUUAUAGACAAGGAAAGUAUAAAAAAACCAACAAGAGGUAAAAGAAAAGUGGAAGCCAUUGAAUCUGAAACAUCGCAAAAUUCGAAAAAAAUCUUGAAGAGCAAAGAUGAAAAAGUGGACGAGAUUUCGUCGGAACAAUCUGAAGUUUCGAGCACGCGUUUCAAAAAACCAUAUCCAAAAGCAACAAAAGUUUCUGCAAUAGAAGAAGAAGAAAUUUCUUCUAAUCUAGUUGACAGCACUACAGGAGACAUAUCUCCUGUAUCUAGUGAAGAGUUGGAGAAAGAAAAUGUUUCUAAACCACUCAGGGGGAGAAAAACAAAGAAAAAUUCGGAAAAUGAAAAGCUGGAUGACAAACCAGUAUUGAAAAGAGCAAAGAGGGGGAGGAAGGUAUGUUCAGAUGACAGACUCAAUACAUUGGAGGCAAGAGAAGAUACAAAAGAAGCCGAGGAUGAAAAAGUGGUUAAAUCUAAAACGAGAAAAGCGGUACAGAAAAAAAACUCUGUUGAAGUACUCAAAGAAACUGGCGAAGAGAUCAACAACUCCAAACCUACACGAGGCACCAAAAACAAAAAUAAUGAGGAACUUCCAAGUACCACUACCAAAAAACAAACCAGGGGAAAGAAACAAGGUGAGGAUGAAGUUAUCGAACCAGUCAAACCAACGAGAAGUAGGAGGCGAAAAGAGAUCGAGGAAUACACAGAAGAAGAGCCAGCUAAAAAAACUACAAGAAAAAAUAACACAGAAGAAGAGGAUGCAUCAGUGGAUGCUACAAAGAGGUCAGGGCGUCUGGCCAAGAAUAAAUCAGUCUCAAAACUUGCAGCAGAGCAGGAAACUAGUUCACCGAAAACGAGAGCGACGAAGGGAAAUUUUAAUAAAUACGGAGCACAAUUUGAAGUUGAAAGCCCUGGGAAGGCAGUUGGUAAACGAAAUAGGGUCGUCCGUUUUGAAUAAAAUGCAUCAAGUGCUUUGUUUAAGAAAACUCUUUAUGAAUCGUACAAGUGAGUUUUUUUUUCAAAAAUACUUGCCAGUUUCGAGUUCUUACUUUUACUUUUUUGUACAAUUUUCUCUUUGAUUUAUAUACUUAUAUAUAUCAAGAUUUUAUAUUUACAUAUUUAUGGAUUCAUAGUUGUAUAGUUUAAAAAGUUUGAGAACAAUAAAGUUUCAUUUUUGAUGGUGAGGUUGAUAAAUUCCAUGUAAUGUUUCAAUUUUUUAGUGAAAAGUUGAACAAGAAACUAUUUCAGAAUAGUGUCUGGUCUCUUCUGGUCUGUAUCGGUGAUGGCAAGUUUACAGAAAUAUACCCAGAGUUAAAUAUUAGAUUACCUGUAUAGACGACAUUUCUUAAAGCAACUGAAACAAGAUAUAAAACCUUGAUGAUAUUGACACUAAGGAACAUUUGAAUGGAACAAUUUUUGCCCAGUUUUUACUCCUCAGGCUAUCAUCUUGAGCCUUGUACAAACUGCUAAAUAGGUUGUUGUCGAUGACACUCAGCUUUUAAUUGAUGUUGUUCAGUUUCUAUUCAUUAGUGUUGGACAAAAUGAUUGGCAUUAAAUUAAGAUAUCACAACCAAUAUGCAUGAAAAAUAGUUUUGGUAUACUCUGACCAUUAAAGUUAAAAUUCUUUGAUUUUUAAAUUGUAUUUGAUGAAAUUUAUAUUUGAAGGAUAUUUUUCACCCAAACAAUUUGCUAUUUUCAGGUUGGUACCACUUUUUUCUUACGAACCAUUUCCGGUUCAUGUUUCGACACCUAAAACUUCUUAUCUGUCGAAACACUUGUUAAAUAGCUGUAUUAGUAUCAAAAUGUUAUUUGUAAGAUCAGUGUAUAUUUUUUUUUGUUCGUUUUUCAAGGAUCAAACCAAUGUAUCUACCUUAAUUUGUAAAUAUUUUAUACAAAGUUAUAGUACAAUCUAAUUUUAGGACAAGUGCCAGACAAAUAGAAAAGGAAUGAAGAAGACUUCAUUUUUUCUGUUACAUUUUAUCACUAGAUUUUUAAAUUGAAUCUGAUGGUCUCUAAUUGCUUUCUCCUUUUUCAUCUCUGAGAUGAUUUUUUUGGCACAGUGUGUCGCAAUAUAUUUAAUAUAUUUUAGUACUACUGAAAAUGUAAUUUGAUUAAAAAGAAAUUA